AUGAGCCAGGGGCGUGGCAGUGGCUGGGCAAUGGACAUGGGUCAGUACAUUAGCCAGAGUGGUGGUGACAGUUCAGCACGCAGCUUCGUCGCUGUCAUCGUCCUCGCUGUCCUCGACUUGUCCUCCAACUCCCUUAAAUUCAGGCCCGCGACAACCAUGCUUUGCGCCCUGCAUAAUUACGACCUGGCCACCCUUGGAUGGGACCGACUCUUGGGCCACGCGACCGUUCGUGCAGCCACAAGCUCGCAGCUCGACUCACGGCUAGCCGCCAUGCACGGAGAACCAUCGGCUCCUUGGCCUAUCACAGCCAAUGGCCUCCAUGACCCCGGUGCACUUCUGCCGCUCGUGUACUGGAUCCAUAUUGAAUGCACUGACACUAUUCCUCCAGCGGCGCAUGAGCAUCGUCAACGGACCCUCAACACUUGUCCACUUGCCCGGCCGCUGCUUGCGACCAAGACCCCACAAUGUCACUGUCCGCUUGCCUCCUCGUCCUUCACUGCCAUUUCGACUGUUCCUCUCACUGCUGUCACAUGUCAAAAUUCUGACGCGUUCCACUGUGGCGAGUGUGGUGCAGAGCGGGCCGUCGCACGUCGAAGUCAUCCCGCGUCGAUCUUGCAGCUUGAUGCGGCCCCAUCCAUGUCCGCAUCGUCACAAGGCCAACGUCCUGUCUCUGAGGGUGUGCAGUAUCCGGCUUCCCCACCGCCCACUCUGCGCAACGGCUUGCAGAGCAAGUCCACGAUCAACAGUCAGCCGUUAUUGCUAUACAUGUACCAGUACGCACCGAUGCACAUCUGA